AUGGCCGGCCGCGACGAGAUAUGUAUCGCAUUCAACGUCUUUGUCUGCAUCACCGCCGCCAUCCUCUUCUUCUUGCUGCUCUCGCUCGCGUUUUGCGUUGCUGUGGCUGUGAUGGCCAGCCCACCCCGCUUCGUGAGCGGGGUCGGCGUCUUUUGCCGGAGGAUCGGACUCGCGUUUGUCGUGGUGGGCUUCGCGUUCGCGAUGGGCACGCAUGAAAUUGGCGCACAGCUGCAGCAAGCCCUCGGUGGCCAGUUGAAGACCGGGGUAGCAUGGGUCGGGGCAGCCGUUACUCUCGUAUUUUCCAUCUUUGGACUGGCCGUGGACGCCUACUUCUGGUACGGCGACCGUAGGAUGCCUACCCCGCAGGAAGGUGAAGCUCGUUUUGCGGAUGAGCGCGACGUUCGUGGCGUGCGGGACGGCGGCGGCUACGCAUCGCGUAACUCGUGGGCGUCCCGUGAAGUGGCCGGCGGCGCUGAGACUCUUUUCAGCGUGUUGCGCAAGCGUUCCGCCAUGCCUCACCCAGAUAGUCCCGACUUCUAUCUACAGCCAGAAACUACUGCAACAGCGACCUACAUCCGUUACUGCAUACUGUCCAGGGUAAAUGAAGGCAUCAGGAGCUGCAUUCCGCCGCCUGUGCUUGCGGGUCCUCGGAAAACCCUUCAGGGUAGGCUGGCUAGUGGAGCGGCAUCCGGAUCACGAUGCACGACGCGGGUACCGACAAGUAGCCAUAUUCUACCUUGA